AAGACAAGCGGCACAAUCACCACAGGCGGCGACUUCAACCUCCUCUUUCUCCCAAACUUAACAAGUAUUGAGCCUUUACGUCUUCUCCAAAACCUUAUCACAACGCGGUGGUUUGUUAUUUUAUUCUUUUCUGACACCAUUACCUUCAGCAUGACAAGUUAACCGGAGGUCGUGUUGCUUUUUUUUUCUAUCGCAACAGUUGUGGUAGUUUAAAAAAAAGUCACGUUAGCUUGAUGCUAGCUUGUAUUGAAAGUAAUUCUUUGUCCGUCAUUAUUUCUUACACAUACUUGACGAGGUGAAUCUUAUUUUAAUAUUACAACUAACCACGAUAAUAAGGAAAUUACAAGCUUUUCUCGCUGGACCUGGACUCAGAAGCAGCACUACGAAGUCGAACGUUGGGCGCCCACUUAUUUAUAUAGUAUUUAUAUCAAGGUGCUGAAUGGCCUCUGUUGUAGCAGUGAAAACCGAGAAACGACCUGCAGCUGAUUCACAGGAUGCAGACUCCAACGCCAAGAAGCCAAGGAAGCUGCUGCCCAGCCUGAAGACAAAGCGUGCCCCCGAGCUGGUCUUGGUGAUUGGCACCGGGAUAAGCUCCGCAGUGGCCCCCCAGGUCCCCGCUCUCCGCUCCUGGAAAGGUCUUAUCCAGGCCUUGUUGGAUGCCGCCAAUGACUUUGACUUGCUAGAAGAGGAGGAGAGUCGGCGCUUUCAAAAGCACAUGGAGGAGGAUAAAAAUCUGGUGCAUGUGGCUCAUGAUCUCAUUCAGAAACUAUCACCGAGAACAGGCAACGUGCGCUCCACGUUCUUCAAGGACUGUCUCUACGAGGUGUUCGAUGAUUUGGAGUGCAAGAUGGAGCACGCCGGCAAGCACCUACUGCGCUCGGUGCUGCAGUUAAUGGAGAGCGGCUCACUGGUCCUCACCACCAACUUUGACAACUUACUGGAGAUCUACGCUGCGCACCAAGGCACCACUCUGGAGUCUUUGGACCUGACGGACGAGAAGAAGGUGUUGGAGUGGGCUCAGGAGAAGCGAAGGUUAAGCGUUCUACACAUCCACGGCGUUUACACCAACCCGUGCGGCAUUGUACUGCACCCUGCUGGCUACCAGAAUGUACUGAGAAACACCGAGGUUAUGCGGGAGAUCCAGAAGCUAUACGAGACCAAAUCGUUUGUUUUCCUGGGCUGCGGCCGCACGGUGGACGACACCACCUUCCAGGCUCUGUUCCUGGAGGCGGUCAAGCACAAGUCGGACCUGGAGCACUUCAUGCUGGUGCGGCGCGAGGACGUGGGUGAGUUCAAGAAGCUGCGCGACAACAUGCUGGACAAGGGCAUCAAGGUCAUUUCCUACGGGGACGAGUAUGCGGACCUGCCCGAGUACCUGGAGCGGCUGGCCAACGAGAUCUGCUUUCGGGAUGUUUCGACCAACGGCUGGGGGUGUCCCUCACAAAACGGCAGUGAGCAGCAGAACGGCUUUAACAGUCAGAAAAACCUCCUUCAAGACCUUUUUUCUUGACAGGCGCACACUGGAUCAGUGUCAGACAGUUCCCUCCAACAAGGGAUCAGUCUACUGCAAGUAUAGUUGCUGAUUUCAUGGAAACAUGUCUGCCAUUUUUUUUCUUUACUUGGUUAUUUAAAAGGGAAAGCUGAAGUACAGACUGAUGAUCAGGUGAGUCAUCACAUUGGAUUGUAUAUGGAGACAGGCAUGUGGAUGGGAAGUGAAUUUGCCUGCAGCACCUGUUCUCCAUGUGUAUACAUGUGACUGGGGACUCAUGCAUUAUGUAAGCUGGCGUCUUGCCUCGCUCGACACACGUGCGCAGCGCAACUUCAGAUGCGUCACGAGACACGUUACACAUUCUAUCGCAGGGCAGUUUCCUGCAAGUAGCAAUCUCUUUGCCACUCCCGUGCUGAAAAAAAAGUGUCCGUUUUUGUAUGUUAAAAUGGAAGACCUGCCAACGUGUAUGCAUUUUUCCUACACGGCACGCAUUUUGACCUUUUUGAAUACAAAUUUCCCCAAGGUUGGCAGGUCUGAAAUACUUGCUUGUGGUUGUGAUAUAGUAUUUAUAAGUGCUAUUUUCCAAAAUAAAGCUUUUGGUAUGCCACCUUUUGUUGUGUUGUCUUCCUUAUAUAAGAACGGUGCAACUACAAUAGACUUCCUUGACACAGCAGCUUUAUUUAGAAAUGUACAUUCCCAUAAGUCAGGGGUGGGCAAACGUUUUGACUUGCGGGCCCCAUUGGGUUAAAAAAUUUGGCGUAUGGGCUGUCUAGACGUAGGUGGCAUCAAACAGAACCACACACUUGCUCACGGUGCAACAAAUCCAAAACACAACAGAUCCACAGCAAGUUAACGCACCGCAUAAAUCAACAGCUAAGCGCUAAACAUAACACUUAAUUUAAAAGUUAUUUCCGCAAGCCUGCAAGGCAUGCUGGGUAGUCCAGCUGCAACGACAAUAUGAACUAUGAACAAUGUAUCAAAGAUAUGUUUACUUCUCUGACAACAUAUUUUGCAAUCAAGCAAAAAUGCAACAAACACUGCAACACGGGGAAAGAGUACCUCAAGCUACCCAGCAUGCCUUGCGGCGGAAAUGUAUGGGUGCUUUUUUUUGGGCAUAGGUAUUGCACAUAGAUAUGUUUGUAUGCCCACAUGGUGCAGAAGGUAUGUUACUUACGGUGCAUCGUGUGUUGACGUGUUGUUGGAUUUUUUGUACAAGGUACAGAUUGCAUCCAACUAUUUUGGCGACUCAAGCGUGCCACAAUAGCACUGCAAGUCAUGUUGCUGGCUACGCUUUCCAUGUUCAAGGAAUUUUUAAAUGCCCGGUGGGCCUUUUGUGGCCCGCGGGCCGCAGUUUGCCCACCCCUUUUAUAAAUUAACUUUACUCAUUCAUAUUGCAUUACCACAACUUAAUGAGGGGUUGGGAGAGAUGUUUAUUGAUACAUAAAUAAAAUUUAUAGGAGCAAUCAUUCAUUUACAGAAAAAAAAAAUCAACUGAAAUUAGUCUGGAGUCUCCUUUUGUGAUUAUAUCUCGUUAUUUGUUAGGCUGGUGAGCAGUCCCGAUAUCAACUAGUUUAAACAUGACUCCGGCUCCCAUCUUUUCCUCUUGAGUAGGAUUAAUUCCAUGUGUCCUUGAUGGAUCACGCCGUGUGUUGUGAAAGGU